AUGGGAAAAUUGGUUUCUCAAAUACCUGUUAAGUCAGAUGGAGAUGUUUUCCAUGAAAUAUUUAGAGAGAGACCACAUCAUAUAUCAGGCAUGAGCCCUGCUAACAUUCAGAAAUGUGAUUUGCAUGAUGGACAGUGGGGAACUGUUGGAUCGGUCAUCUACUGGAACUACACCCAUGACGGAAAAGAGUGUGUUGCUAAAGAGAUAAUUGAAGCAAUAGACGAGGCAAAGAAGUCAGUGACCUACAAGGUCAUCGAAGGGGACCUCUUGGAGUUAUAUAACACCUUCAAAUUAACUGUUCACGUCGACACCAAUGGAGAUGACAACUUGGUAACAUGGACUCUCGAGUACGAGAAGAAGAACGAGAAUGUCCCAGAUCCCAACACAUUGAUGGAUUUCUGCCUUGCUGUUACUAAAGAUAUGGAGACUCACCAUCUUACCAAGCCCAAUUAA